AUGUCUUGCUCGCUCUCGCCGCUGCGUCUUGAGGUUACUUACACGGCUUUGCUGGCGGGCGGCCUGUGGUCCUCGGAGGCAACGAGCGACAUCUUCUACUUCAGCUCGUGGCCUCGUGACGGGCGUGUGGGCGCGGGCGAGGGCAGGGUGAUGGAGUGCGCCGUGUCUGACACCACCAGCAUCACCCUCAGCUGGUACCUGGACGGACGCCCGAUCACCUACUCCUCCAGACGUCACCUCAGAGGCGGCGGUCGGGAGGAGGCGACGUGGGACCUCGUGAUAGAGCGAGCGGUACCUGAGGACUCGGGAGAGUACACCUGCAUCGCGCACAACACCACCUCGGGAUUCGCUCUCACUUCUCUGGCUGGGACGCUCACCGUGCUCUGGGUCGCCGAGUCUUCCAGGGUGGUGUUAGCUGACCACCGUGAGCUCGAUUCCGUGAAGCUGGGCAGCACCGUGACGCUAAGGUGUCGCGUGGACGGAGGCCCGGAUCUCUACUAUGCUUGGAAGAGGAACGGCGAUUCGGUCUCGGGUCUCGACGGGGUGACGGUCUCCCGGCGGCGUCUCACGAUCGACCACUUCGACCCCACCAUCCACAACGGCGUCUACACGUGCUCGGCCUCCAUCUACAAGCCAGGCACGCCCCAGCACCACGACGGCGCACGCCCCUCGCACCUCACGGCCACCACCACGGCCUUCCCGCUCGUCCUCGCGAUUAAAGCUGUAAUCUCUGCCGGCUGCUGUCUAUCAAUUCACUUCUACAUUUCAUUCCGUUCAUUGUUUUAA